CUUCAGCUUCAUUGCCAUUGCAUUGGUUCUACCGUAAGGUUUUUCUUUCUCUUGACAAAACAGCCAAGGGAUCCUGCAUGGCAUUUGUUCCCAUGUGCCCUGGGUUUUUCAAGCUAGGCCAGCUGUUACGUAUCACUCAUCCAGUCUUCAUUGAUUCGCCAGGUGUGAAGUUGUUGGAUGUCACAGUAUAAGUUCACUUUUAGCACAAGGUUGGCGAGUAGAAGAAACAAGCCUAAGGCGAGGAAGAUUGAUUGGAGCAUUGCAUUGCAAAUAAGAGGACAAUCCAAGCUGGGAAGAAGUGGACGCAAACCGCGAGAUCGUCAGAAGGAGCUCAAUGUGCUGGAUUCGGGGGGUUUUUCAUAAGAUGUAGGCUGUCUGCAACUAAAGUAAACAAUGUCCUUAGAAGUUGGAUCUAGAUCUGAGCAGUUCUUACAAAUACAACAUAUGUGAAUCACAAAGGUUAAAAUUUGAUAUUUUUUGACCUUGGUUGGGGGUGAUCUCAGGAGAAAGAAGCAAAGUACCCAAAGAGGAAGAACCAAAGUACUUAACAACAUAAAAGCUGAACGAGUCUAAGCACUCAUCUGUAGCCUCUACACAAAGCUUUUGGCGGAAGUCCAACAGCAGUAGAAAGAUGAGAGCAACAAGCAGUUGUGCUAACUUCUCCAUCCCUCCGUAACACCUCACUGCAAUGCAGAACCUGCUUCAAGAGGAGCUCCAGGCGGGCUGCUCAAUCGAAUGAGUGACUGGGUGGAGGGUUCAACAAUCGGAGGAAGAUGUCGUUCGUGCACUUCCGCCGCAAACGGAGGUCGACUGCGGGCCCUGCCGACGACAUUGAGAUCGAGUUACCGAGCACUCCAAGCACCCCUCAAGGUGGCGGCACCCCCACUGGGGCAGCACCCCAGCUGAGCCGAUCGACCACCGUCCGACUCUCAGCGUCCGGGCAUGUUCGCAGCCCCUUCGCCCCAAAACAAACAUUUUUCAGGCAACCAUCGGUUACCCAGCGCGACGAUGAUGAGGGCUCAGAUCUCCCAGAAGACGCGACAGACGUUGGUAUUCACGAAGACGGUGCCACCGAGUAUGGCGUCUCGUAUGGAUCGUCGGCCGCGGCCAGGGCGCCCCGCUCCGCUUUCAUCGAGCGCCUCUGGAGCAUGCAGUGGUCGGGGCGAGGGAAGCAAGUGGAUGCCGCAGAGGACGUCCUGGCCAACUAUCACGACAGCGUGUUGUACGCUCCAGUGACGUUUUCGACCAAGACGCGGGCGCUGAUGCGCGGGGGGUGGUUCAACUUUCAGCGGAACUUGGUGGAGUUCGUGAUAUCUGUGCUGGCACUAAUCCUGUACAUUCGAUGGACGUACUCCCAGCACCUGGACCCCUGGUAUAUUGCACUAAACGCCGUCGUCUCCUUUUACUUCGUGGUGCAUUACGCCAUGGAGUUUUACAGCGCGCCGGUCCGGUCUUUCUACGUCCUUUCCCCCACUGGCAUCGUUGACAUUCUAAGCAUCCUGCCCAUAUUCUGGGUGUUCAGCCAUUCCUCAGCAAAUGGGCUCCAGAUACUGCGAUUCACUCGCAUUCUUCGGAUCCAAAAGGUCCUGAAGCGGCUCGGCAUUCUUGGGACGUCGGUGGUUCACGCGAUUUUCAUCCUCUUCAUCAAUGUGUUUGGCAUAAUCUUCAUCUUUGCGGCGCUUUUUCAGUACAUCGAGACGCGGUGGCCGCCGGAGGGGUCCGACUGCCCUGAGCACGGCUGUCUGACGUUCUUCGAUGCGUUCUACUACAUCAUAGUUACGAUCUCGACGGUGGGCUACGGUGACAUCACGGCUGACACGAGCUGGGGGCGGGUGAUCACGAUCAUCUGCAUAUUCACGGCUCUCAUUGUGAUCCCCGCGCAACUGUCGGGGAUCAUUGGGCUGUACACCAGCAGGCCAUACGGUGGCAGCUUCAGCGUGGCCAAGGUUGUGGGCUCCCGUUACAUCAUCAUCGCAGGGAACCUGACGUACUCCACGAUCCAGGCCUUCCUAGCCUACCUCUUCCACCCGGGCUCUACUCGGGAUCUCGCGGCGUUCCCUCUCCGGGUGGUCUUGAUGGCCCCAUACAAGCCUUCGUUCGAGCUCAAGGGCCUCAUCAGCAUGUACGCCGGCUUCGUCGAGUUCAUCCAGGGCACGCCGUUCCUCAAGGACGAUCUGGAGCGCGUCGGCGCCAACGCGGCGUCUACCAUCUUUUUGCUCCCGGACAAGAGCGUCGAGAACCAGGCGCACGACGACUCGCAGUCGUUCGUCCGCGCGCUUCGCGUCAGCCGGACCGUCGGAAAGAGGACACGUGUCAUCGCGCAAGUGGCCGAGCCGGAGAGCGUCUUUAGCCCAAUCUGGGACGGGACCCACGUGGAGGUGCUGUGCCCCCAAGAGCUGCGCAUGCGCCUGCUGGCUCGGAGCUGCUUCGUGCGCGGCAUGUCGACGUUUCUGACCAACCUCUUCACGCGCCCGGUGCACUUCCGGAACCCGCAGAAGGACUGGCUGGCGGAGUAUUACCACGGGGCGCUCCAGCAGGUCUUCCCGGUGCUGCUGCCGCGGGCCGUCCAGGGACUGCCCUUCGAACAGGCGGCGGAGCUGUUCUACCUCCAAUACGGCGUCACUCUAUUCGCCCUCGACGUCCUUGACGGCGUCGACGGCGAGCGCCACGUGUACCUCUUCCCGCACCGCCACGUCAUCACCGCCACCGACGUCGGGCUCACAAUCGCCGCCACGAUCCAGUCCGCCGAGCAGAUCUCCAAGUUUGGGCAAAAAGACCUGGCGGAACAGCGCCGCAAACUAGAGAAGGAAAACUCGCUGCUGUGUAACUGCGCGUGCUGCAUCCGGGUUACGAAAAGUAGGUUUAAGAAGGAGGAGGACGCGUUGGAGGCCCUGCAAGCCAGCUGGGCGGAGGAGGGUUUGGGGCCCGGUCAAGGGGAGCUAACCGUUGGUCACGUGCACGGGGCCUCGGUUAAGAGAUUGGGGUCCGCGAGCGAAGGGCGGAUCAAGCAAGUGGAACAGAUGCGGACCAUGAUCGAUGCCAAGAAGGAUCCGAACGGGGUGAUGUGGGAAAGGGAAGACGGUCCUGAGGGGGAGGCGAAGUGCAAGCAGGUCGCGGGCUUAGAAGAAGCGGUGGAGCGCCUUCUCGCGUGGCCCCCGGCCUCUAACUUCGGCAAACCCAGCGACGCGGUUAUCGAGAAACAAGAGGCCGCAAUCCUCGCUAAUCUCAAAGAACGGACCCUAACCGCAGUAACCCCCGACAAGGGCCCGCUGAUCGUUGUCUGCAUCUCCAACGCCCCGCCUUCCGACUUAUACCAUCUGCUUGCGGAACUGAGGGAGGGCCGGGUUCCGUUCCGGAACGUGGUUAUCCUUAACCCGGUCGAGCCCCCGGCGACCGUGUGGGGCCACGCGGGCCUGUUUGAAGGGGUGUAUUUCGUCAAGGGGUCGCCAAUGUACGAGCUGGAUCUGCUGCGGGCGGGAGUGCUGCAGGCCGAGAAGGUCAUCGUGCUGUCCGAAGAUGGCGCGGUACGUACCGGCCAGGACACCGCCCGCGAGGACGGUCCCCUCGCGGUCUCGGCCGACCGCUUCGUGAAUGACGUCAACAACCUCAUCACCGUUUCCGCCGUUGAGCGGCUGCCACGUGUCAGCCGCCACGGGCUGCCAGCUGCCGACGCGGACCCAGCCGAAGAGCCCGAGUGGUCGGGGAUCGUGCUCGCGGAGAUGCAGCGCGAGUUUGCGUUCCUGUUUAUGCGGCCCCACAGUUACCUCCACCCGCGCAAGUUUGACUACAUGGAGCGGAAAAGGAACGAAUCUACGUCGACCCACUACGCACUGUCGUACGCCGAUGGAAAAGCGUGGUCACCCGGCAUGUUGGACUGCCUAGUCUAUGCAACCUUCAGCAACAAGCAGACGAUGAGUAUCAUGCGCCAGCUUGUGGCGGGGGGGGACGUGGACAGCACAGAAGACGAUACCAGCACAGAGGAAGAUCUCCCCCCGGAGCAGCGUCUUUUUGAGACGGUUCCCGUCCCUGAAGAGUAUGCGGGCCAUUCGUAUCGGAGCGUGUUUGUCAGUUUGCUCCACAACCAGGGUUAUCUCGCGCUGGGUUUGUAUAGGGCCUGGGGCACCAAAAAGGCACCCAUAGCUUAUGUUUUCACCAACCCCCCGGGAGAUACCCUUGUACAAAAGAAUGACCUCGUCUACGUCUUGCGGUGACGAGGGAUUUUGAAGGUGCCGGGCGCGGCAAACCUUUGUGAGUUGAGAUCCGUUGACAUGAGGAUGUAUAGGAGCCGUUCAAUUGAUAAACUUUGGGCCCGGCUUGAGAUGCUCUUUCCGAGGGGCCACUAGUUAUACAAGCUGACUCGCCAGAAUAGGCAAGUUCCCGGCUCCCGGCUCUUUUCGCUUCCUUCCUUCAUGGGAAUCCAUCUGGGCCGGCACACUAGAGUUCUGGGAUCGUACUGCAAGCCAGGCCGCAUACGACGGCAGUGAAUGAAGAGAGGGACGUUUCUGUUUGGAGCCGAAAGGAGCCGCGGCUUCCUCGCUUCCUCGCAAACGCGACGGGAUAGGCACGGUGCUUGGCCGUAGUCAAAUGGUACGAAACAGCGACAUACUAAGAGCAAGUCCUGAGUUACGGCAGCCAGAUUAUCCAAACCACUUUGCCUACCGCAACACGUUUCAAAAUAAUUCUUAGUGCGUAUGUGACGAAAAUUGUCUCGGUGCAAUCUUUAGAUCCACUUUGGACCACUUUGGUACGAUAAUCGUCAUUGAAGCUACCUUGGUUGCCAGCUCUAACAGCAGGUACCCGACGAUUUUGAGCAUUUGUGGUUAGCAUGGUAUUUGCCAAGUUGUCGAAGCUAUACGCAAGCUCAUGCAACAUCUCAGUGCAAAAUGGUUAAGAAACUUGGAGGGUCCUAUGACUAGACUGCUAGCCUGAGUAGUGAU